UUAUUUGAUCAUCAAGCAACAUCUCACCAUUGUUGUUAAGUUCUACGAUAAUGAAAAAGAUAUUCGACUUUUAUUCAUUACAACGGUUCAACUAUACGAUUAAGCGACGCGCCUGAGUUCCGAUCACUCCCGCCUUGAAUUUAAGUUCGCCUUAGAGUUUAUGUACAACUCCGAUAUGAUUUAUAUUCUUCAAGAAAAUAUCUAUUUUCUCAGAAUUAAAAAUAAAAUAAAAAAAUUGGACCCCAUUGCAAUAUAUUCUAAUACAAAAUAGAAUAUCUUGGUGCUGAUUGUCUCUUCCUACCCCAAUCUUAUAGCUGUUACAAUCUUGAUUCUCUCUCUCUCUCUCUCUCUCUUCUCUUCUCUCUCUCUCUCUCACACACACACACACACACACACACAAAUUACAAACAUGGCUGGAGUUUCCAUUAUUACACCUGUUGAGGUUUUGCUGUCAAAAAGAGUUCAAGAAAUGGUCCUAUCCGGCAAUGGUGAUCCAUUGGGACCGUACAUUUGCGAAAAAGACCGCGACUACGGUGAAGAAGAAGAAUCGACCGAGAACAAUUCCCCGAUUCCAUUUAUCGAUAUCGGAAAAUUGUGUGCUAAAGAAAAUGAUCAAGAAUUGAAGAAACUCAAGUUAGCUCUCUCCACAUGGGGUUGUUUUCAGGCAAUAGAUCAUGGAAUACCAAGUUCUUUCCUAGACAAAGUACGAGAAGUUGGAAGAGAAUUCUUCGGACAAUCGAUGGAAGAGAAGAACAAGUGUGCAAAAAAAGUGGCGGAAUUCCAAGGCUAUGGAGCCGAUCCGGUUCCAGAAGACGGCCAAUCGCUCGAUUGGUCGGACCGUAUCUUCCUCGCUUUAGCCCCCAAAGAUCAACGAAACUACACAUUUUGGCCUCAAAAUCCCAUCUCUUUCAAAGAAGUUCUAGAAGAGUACACGGAGAAUAUGAAGAGGUUUACAGAAAUAGUGUCGAAAUCGAUGGCGAAAUCGGUUAAUCUCGAAGAAGGCUGUUUUUUAAAACAGUUUGGCGAAAGAUCGCAGCUCCACGGUAGAUUCAACUACUACUCCCCAUGCAAGAGGCCCGAUUUAGUCCUCGGCAUGAAAGCUCAUUCCGAUGGAUCGGGUUACACCGUUUUGCUCCAAGAUGAAACGGGCCUACAGAUACUCAAGCAAGGCAAAUGGUAUACGGUUCCUAAUGACGCUAAUGCCCUUCUUGUAAUCAUGGGUGAUCAGAUGGAGAUUAUGAGCAACGGGAUUUUCACAAGUCCGGUGCACAGGGUCGUCAGCGACUCGAGAAGGGAUAGGAUUUCCGUGGCGGUGUUUUACACGCCGGAAGUGGGAAAAGAGAUCGGGCCGGAAGAAGGGUUAAUCGAUUCGGAGAAGCCGAGACUUUUUAAGAUGGUGAAAGAUUAUGCCGAUAUUCACUAUGGAUAUUAUCAGAGGGGAAUGAGAUCACUCCACACUGUUCAACUGCAAGUUUAGUAUCUGACAUGUUAUCCUAUCCUUAAAAUAAAAAGUGUGUUGCUUAUUCUAAGUUGUAAUAACUUAGAAUAUGCUGUCUAUUGUUU